CCUACCUCAGCACGCCCUCUGUGCCCCAAUAGGUUCACCGGCCUCACGGCUGCCCCGGCUUCUGAUUGGCCUACUUUCGGAGAAAUGUUCGCGUCGGCAGCACGUGCUCCACCCGCAGCCACAUCUGUAAGGCUACGCCAUAGUCCACUCUACCUCUCGACCAAGCCCUAUCGCAACCUCCCAACGCCCGCCUGCAGCCAUCAACUUAUCCCCUACCAUCACUACAAGCCCUAUCCAAGGAGUCCUCACCUUCCCUUUCGCCGAUAUCCACUGGCUCCCAGCGGCGACGCGCCCGACACGAUGGGAUCAGAUGCACACGCUCGCAAAGACGAGGAGCAGACGAUCAAAGGCGCAUCCAAGAAAGACUCCAAAAAUGGCACUAUCAAGCUAAAAAAACCACCGCCAAAGCACAGCAAGCCUGUAAACUGGAGAGACGGCAGCGUCAUCGAAGAGGACAAGAAGAAAAAUGGUAGUUCGCCGUCAGCAUCGGUAGCCUCACCAGGUCCCGUGGUGAACCAGCUCAACGACAACGCCCGCGAAACGUUUGCGACCGGCCGACCACUCGAAGACAGCCUCGAUCUACAGCAAUGCAAGCACUGCAAGAGCAUUCUCAAGACGGCAGCAAAGUCACACAUUGCGCAGUGCCUCCGACUGAAGAAGGAGAAGGCGCAGCGGAAGAAGGAAGCUCGUGAGGUCAGGGAAAGGGCCAAGGAGGCAGCGAGGGAAGAGGAGGCAUGGAAGGCCGACGAAGAAAACGGCGAGGGCAAAGGCGACGACGAUAGCGACGGGGACGAUGACAUCUCGGCCGACAAGAAACCCACGGGGAGCAAGACUGCGAAGAAGGCUGCGGGGAAGAAGCCCGACGACGACAAGAAGGGCAAGAAAAGGAAGGCCGAUGGGGAUCCAGACGAGGGGCCCAAGGCCAAGAAGAAGAAGGACGAACCCAAGGCCAAGCGCCAAUGCGGAGUGAUUUUACCAAACGGACAGCCAUGCGCAAGAUCCCUGAUGUGCAAGAACCACUCUAUGGGUGCGAAGCGUGCUGUGGCCGGGCGAUCUCUACCAUACGACAUGCUACGCGCUGCCUACCAGAAGAAGAACCAGGCAAAACAGCAGAGUAAAAGCCGCACUCGAUGCAAAUGCCCCAACCCAAUAGAAGACGAAGACGACGCCAACAACGGGCCUGUCGACUCGGACGAGGAAACGGCUGCCGUGAUUGGCGCCCUGGCCGAAUGGAACCCGCAACCUCUGAUCCCGCAACCACUCUUCACACCGAUCAAGCGCCAGUACCAGCUCGCGAGACUCCACGAGCAGCUACAAAUGGCAACCGACGGCGGACGGACAAACAUCUUCCGAGUCUCUGUCGUGGGGUUCGGGGGCCCACGGCGGUCGAGUUUUGGGUUGCCGGGACCUUCACAAAGACAGCCGUCGGUGACGAGCCGGGGGUAGAGGCGUAACAU